AUGGCGCCUGGCUCGCUCUGCCACCCACUAGGGCCGGGCGGUCCCCAUGCACCAGCUGUCUUGGGGCCAUCGCGCCCGCUGGUCUUCAACCCCAGUGUAGGGACCCGGGUACGGACGCUGUUUGUCAGUGGCCUUCCUGUGGAUAUCAAGCCCAGAGAGCUCUACCUACUCUUCCGACCAUUCAAGGGUUAUGAAGGGUCGCUGAUCAAGCUAACUUCCAAGCAGCCAGUUGGUUUUGUGACCUUCGACAGCCGGGCUGGUGCUGAAGCAGCGAAGAACGCCUUGAACGGCAUCCGCUUUGACCCAGAGAACCCCCAGACCUUGCGGUUAGAGUUUGCUAAAGCCAACACAAAGAUGGCCAAGAGCAAGCUGAUGGCCACGCCAAACCCCACCAAUAUUCACCCUGCCUUGGGCGCACACUUCAUUGCACGGGACCCCUAUGACCUGACUGGAGCAGCUCUUAUUCCAGCGUCGCCAGAAGCAUGGGCUCCCUACCCACUCUACACCACGGAGCUCACCCCUGCCAUCCCCCAUGCCGCCUUCACCUCCCCGGCGGCCGCUCAUGCAAGUAUGCGCUGGUAUCCUCCCUCCGAAGCUACCCAGCAAGGAUGGAAGUCUCGUCAGUUUUGUUAG